AUGGAAAACAACUCUGAGAAAUCCGCAGUGAAUGCAGCUCAAUCCGCUGCUUACCCAACGCUAUCGCAGCUUAACGCUGAGAAGAAUAAGCAAGAAUAUGUGAAGAUGUUCUGGACAGACCAGCAGAGAGAAAUGGAGAACAUUAACGAUUUCAAGAACAACCUGCUACUUCAACCUACCCGCAUUAAGAAGAUCAUGAAAACGGACAAGGAUGUCCGAAUGAUCGCUGCUGAAUCGCCUGUUUUGCUUGCUAAGGCAUGUGAGAUGUUCAUUCAAGAACUCACCCUUUGUUCCUGGCUUAACGCUCAGGAAAACCAUCGACGUAUUCUGAAGAAGGAUGACGUCACUGAUGUGAUUAUGCAGACUGACAAUUUCGAUUUCCUUGUUGAUGAUGAUACUGACGGCCGCUCCACACCUAGUGCUGUGCCGUUCUAUGUUGAUGGAGGCAGCAAUGGGCGUACAUGA